GUUGAUAAGGAUGCAUUGGAUACCCAAGUCAAGGAGCGGAAAAUUCAAGAAGGAGCUGAAAAAGCACGAAAUGAAGAACUUGCUAAUGAAAUGAAGCAAAAUGACAAGAUCAUGUGUAUGUUAGAAGAACGACAGAAAAAUGAUAUUAGAAACAUAAAUAAGGCUAUCAGUGAAUUUCAGAAGAAUUUUCAAAAGCCCGAAACAAGACGUGAAUUUGACCUCUCUGAUCCGCAAGCCCUAAAGAAGGAUAGACCUGCUCGACUUUCAGACAGUGAUCCUCGAUGUACUGUAUCUGGCUUGCAGAAGUUCAUGGGUGAAGACUUAAACUAUGACCAGAGGAUGAAAUUUCAAAAGGAGCAGUUAAGAGAGUGGUCUCUUCAGCAACAGAGAGACUGGAAGAAUGCAUUAGCUGAUCAAAAAUUUGCAGAUGAUCUUCAUGACAAGAAUAGGAUUGAACUUGACCAAAAGACUAUGGAGCAACAACGAAAAGAAGAAGAAAACAGGCGUGCUGUUUGUGCAGCUACCAAAGAUUUCAAUAGAACCCAGGCUGCUGAACUAGCUGAGAGAAAGAAGUUGGAAAAGUAUAAAAAUAUGAAAGAGGACAUGGAUGAAAUUUCCAGCCUCCUUCAAGGAGACUUACUUUCUGAAAACCCUGAACAAGCAGUCAGUUCCUUUGGUAGACACCGUGUGAUCACAGAUCGAUGGAAGGGGAUGAAUCAGGAUCAGCUGAUGGCAAUCCGUUACACUCAACAGCAACAAGUUCUGGAGAAACAGAGACUAAAAGAGGAAGAACGCCAAAGAGAUGCUGAAUGGGAGAGGCAAAGUAUACAGGCUGCAAGAGCGCAGUUGGUUUUAGAGCGGCAUCAACAACGACAGAAUCGGGAACGCCGCCAAGCUUUAGAUAAUGUAAACACGGAGCUAUCUCAGGAGCAGAAAUCAAAGAACAUUUAUCUUAAAGAAGAAGCAUAUUCAAAUUUUCCGACAGGCCAGUAUUAUGCACAGUUUAAUACAACCAGCCGAUGA